AUGACCGUCGACGGCGUGCGCUGGGAGUACCGCCUGUACACCCUGCGCGGCGCGGCCCCGACGAAGGCGUUUGGGACGAGGACGAUUGGAGACGUGGCGCGGGUCGUUGGGGAGCACGUCGCGGAUCGGGAGGGGGGGACGUCGCGGAUCGGGAGGGGGGGACGGAUGGGGCAGGUGCAGGUGCAGGUGCAGGUCACCUGGAUCAAAAACAUCUCCCAACCCAACCCCAACCCCAACCACCACCGCACCGCACCGAAAACGAAAACGAAAACGCCAACGCCAACGCCCACGCCAACGACCACGACCACCACGCGCUACUACAUCCGCGAAGCGCGCAAAUGGACGCGCUCGACGCGGCCAAGGCAGAAGCUCCCGCUGUUGAAGGGGCGGUAUAGGCUUGACUGUGCGCGCGGGGGCGGGGGGAAGUGGCGGCAUGUGUCUGUGUAUUAUUCUCCCCGGGGCUCGGGUGCGGGUGCGUGUGCUGGUGGGAGGGCGAGGGCAGGGGCAGGGGCAGGGGCAGGGGCUUGGAUGGGCGGAGCAGAGGGAGAGGAGGAUAGGAAAGUUGGGCUUGGGGUUGGGGUUGGGGUUGGGUCUGGGGCGGUGAAAUUGGCAUGUAAAACUGAACCGGGGAGUGUUGACGAGCCUUCUUUGAAAGUGAAGAGGGAACCUGUUUGGAUUGAUUUGUCGGAUGGUGUUGCUAGUGCUGGUGCUGGUGCUGCCGGUACGGUGACCAUUCCACGCGCUGAACCGUCUGCGCCCUCGGUGCCUGCUGAAAGAGGUGCUCUUGCGCACCAGUCUCCAUCCGAUUCGCAUACUCCUCUACAUCCGCCACACCAUGUUUCCCCACAUCCACAUCCACAAUCACAGCAGUUGCAACCGCAACCGCAACCGCAACCUCAACGUCAACCACAAGUUCCACAGCCGCCCAGUCCAAAAUUAGAGCUAACCUCUCGUCAUCAUGCUGAAAAUAACCACACGCCAGCGUCUACUUCUGCUUCUGCUCUUGGCGCCUCAUCCUCCUCUGCUACGCACGUCGAACUUGAUGCUGUGCAUGGUACUACCACCCGCGAAAAUCAGAGUGGGCAUCUGAACGAGGAAUACUGUGAUGAUGAUGAUGAUGAUGAGAAUGAGGAGCUGCAGUAUCCUGAUUUUGUGGAUGUGGAUGUGGAUGUGGAUGUGGAUGUGCAUCAUGCUCGUCAGGACCAUCACCAUCCUCCGCCUAUUCCUUCUCUGAUGGACACGUCGACGGCGGCGGCGGCGGCGGCGGCGGCGAUGAGUGCUCCUGCGCCAGCAACGUCGGCACUGCCACUGCCACUGCCAUUACCACUACCACCAGCACCACUACCACCAGCACCACUACCACCACCACAUUCACAGAUGCAUAUACAGCCACCAGCGCCAGCGCGAGCUCUUGACACCACACUGCAAAUACGAACGUUGGUGAACGCGAUAAAGGAGGAUGUGCGCGCUGUGAUGGAGCUUGUGAAGAGGCUUGAGAGGAGGCUGGAGGUGUUUGAGGGUAUGUUGGGAGGUGCUGGUGCCGGUGGUGCCGAUGGUGUGGGUGGGAAUGGGAAUGGGAAUGGGAAUGGGAAUGGGAAUGGGAAUGGGAAUGAGAGGGGCGAGGAUGGGGUCGAUAAGGAUGUGCAUGUGCAUGUGAAAGGGAAGGGAGAGGGUGAUAUGAAGGGAUCGGAUGGUCAGAAGUGUGAAGGGGAGAGUCUGCGUGGUGUUCAGAGCGAAUGUGCGGUGGAUGCGGUGUUGGGUGGUGUGUUUGAGAAGGAGAAGGAGACGGGUGGGGGUGGUAAUUUAGAUGUGGAUGUGGAUAUGGAUGGUGGAGAUGGUGUGGAAGGUGAGCAGGUUAUGUCUGGACAUGAAGAAGAAGAGGAGGGUAAGCGCGAAAUGGGUGGUGGUGAGGUUGGAAUGGUGAGGAAACGGAAAAGAGAGGUUGGGAUUAGAGAUUCAGGUACAGGUGCAGGUGAAGGUGAAGGUGCAGGUGGGAUGGAGCGGAUUGGCGCUGUUGGUGGUGAUGUUGAUGUUGAUGGAUGUAUAGGAAGGCUUGUUGCGAAACGGGUCAAGGUCAAAGUUGGUGAGAAAUUUACAGGGAAAGAGAAUGGGGAAGAGAAAGGAAAUGAGAAAGGUAGUGGGGAAGAGAGGGAGAUAUAG